AUGCUUCUUGGCCGCGACCCUGAUACGUUCAAAGGUCUGCUAUCCAAGUCUAUCGAGACAUGGAUGUCAGAUCCCAACGCUCAAUUGAUCAAAGCGGUGGCGACGAAUGAGGAAGAUAUUGUUGGAUACGCGUGCUGGGUUACAGAAGAUGCUGCUCCCGAGGCCAAGCACAACCCGACGAAGCCAGAGUCAGUUUCCAAGACGGUUGGUGAGCAGCAACCUCAGGAGAUUACCGGUGCAAAUGACAACGAUUCUGUCCGACAUGCCGCUCCAGACUUGCAGCAACAAAAGCCUCUGCCGCAAGAUUUAGGCAAGCUCAUGCGACAAGACUUGGUGGCCCGUAAAAGAGAACUCGUGGGAAACGAACGGCACCUGGUCUUGCAGGCCUUGGUGACGGACCCGCAGUGGCAAAACCGAGGCAUCGGAGCUCAACUCGUCCGCUGGGGGACUAUUAGAGCCGACGUUGAGGGGUUGGCUUGUUGGGCACAUGCAUCGCCAUCAGGAUUCGGCGUAUACCUACGCGCGGGGUUUCAAGAACUGGGCUCGUCCGAGUAUGCUCUCGACGAUUAUCUACCCGAAAGUGAGCAGGGCAAGUCCCAAUGGGGGACAUAUACUUUUCGAUACAUGGUACGAAGGUCCAAGGCUGGAAAUGAUUAA